AUGUCCGGAAUAGGUGAAAUACCUAAAGGUAAAGGACCAGUGGUUGACGAGGCAAUGCAGCCAAAAGGUAGACCAGGAAAAAUAGCAAAUGAUUAUGGUGCACCAAAGGAUGUACAAAUGGAUGAAACAAAAGAUGCACCAGAAGUUCCAAUACAAAUAUCAAAGGAAAACCCAAAGGAAAACCCAAAAGGCAUCCCAAAGGACAUUCCAACGGACAUUCCUAAGGAAAAUCCAAAAUUUUUACCAGAACCAAAAGCACCACUACCACCAACGCCAUCACCAACGCCAUUUCCACCAUCACCAACGCCAUCACCGACUCCUCCUCCUGCACGAACUUCAAUAGUUACUGAAACUCAAACAAAUCCGAAUUUAUCAGCUCAAGCUACAUACACACCUGUUAACCCCACAGUUACCCUUAGUAAAGCCGAAACUGCAGACAACAAUACGGGAACUUCGAAUUCUGCUGGAAUUAUUUUCGGUAUUAUGGUUGCACUUGUUAUUGUAAUAGGCGUCAUAGCCAUGUUCAUACGGAAAAAACUUCCUGAAUUACGCAAAAAUAAAUCGAAUGGAGCGAGAUCUUUACAAAGAAAUUCUCCUACGAAUGAAAAUGAUGAUUUAGUUAAUACAAAUCAUUAUGAUUCUAGUACUUUCAGUAGAGAACCUCAGAAAAACGAUACGACGGACAAUUAUAAUACGUCGCUACAAAUUCCAAUGAUGUCACAACCUCAAAAUCCUCCACAAUUAUAUUCAAAUCCGGACAAUUAUUCAUAUGAUUAUCAACCUAGACCUUCGCAUUAUCCUCCAGGACAUGGCUUUGUAUAUACGGAUCCCGCAAUUCCAAAUCUUUAUCAAAGAAAUCAAUCACCACCACCAAUAAAUGAAGUUUAUUAUAAUAGAGUAAUCACGCCCCCACCACCAAAUCCCGCAUCACCAAAUCGAUCUAAUUAUAGCAGAUAUGAUCGAAUGAUGAAUAAAUCUUUGCCUCCUGUACCAUAA